AUGAAUAAUGAUACUAAUGGAAAUGAUGGGGCUGUUCGUGGUAGAGGAGGAGGUUGUUAUAAUCAAUCAUUGUUUGAUAUUCAAUCUUCGGGCUCUCCUAGUGGUCCACUUUCGUUUGAUGAGGAUUUAAUUGCUUCCCCUCAUUAUUUAUCCGAAACUACAUCAUCUGCUAAAUCAUCAUGCUCUGAUUUGAGUGCAAUUAAUAAUUUGGUAAGUGAGGGGAAGAGGAAAUCUGGAUUGAUGAAUAUGACUGCCAAUGAUAUUGGUAAUUAUGAGAUUAUUUGGAGAGAUGAAAAGAUUAGAUUAUUAGAAAAUGAACGAAAUUUGAAUUUGAUGAGGAUUGAGGAUUUUUCGAAACAAGUGAUUCACCUAAAGGAGGAAAUUAAAAAAUUGAACAAUCUUAAUCAAUUAAUGAGUGGUGAUUCAGUGAGAGUUUCUCAAUUGAUUCAUGAAAAAAGUUCAAUUCAGGAAUAUGCUGAACAACUUCGUCUACAGAAGAAUGGAAUUCAGGAUCAAUUGAAUAUGUACAAACAAGGAGUUGUUCAAGGAGAGUUGGAUAGGAGGAAUAAUCAAUUGAUGAAUCUUGAAAUUAAAUCUAGUGAGAUGAGAGAAGAAUUACAACAUGUCAAACAUGAGUUGACAAAAAAUCAUAAUGAGAAUGACAGAUUAAAAUCAGAAUUAAACACCCUUAAAAUUAAUUUUGAACAUAAAAGAGCAGAAUGUGAAGAGUUGACCAUCAUGCAAGAUGAACUUUUGAGAGCAAUUGCAGAAGAGAAGAAAACAAUUUUUGAAUUUCAAAAGCUGCAAUUUAAUGAAAAUCUGGGAAAGGAAAAACUAAAGAAGGAGAAUGAAAAAUUGGAACUGUUGGUUGAUCAAUUAAGGUCAGAGAAUAAGAAGUUUCAAGAGGAAAUGCUAAAUCAAAGUCAACAAUUUGCUUUAAAAACAGAGGAACAAGAGAAGUCAUUCAAAAAGGAGAUUUCCAAUCUGACCUCGAUUGUGGAUAGGCUUGAAAGCGAAUUUCGUGAGAAGGAGAAUUAUUACCAAUCUCAACAUUUGAAUAGCCAAGAGCUUUUGAAUUCUCUGAAUAGUCAACUAAGGGAGCAACAAGAUAAAUACGAAAAUACUCUAUCUCACAAGGAUAAUGCGAAUGAGCAAGAAAAACAAACUCUCAUUGAAAAGUCAAAUAGAUACAAGAAAGAAUUACAGAAAUCAGUGGAAAUGAUUAGAAUUCUUAAGGAAGCAAAUACUAAUCUAGAAUCUAACUUUUUGAAAAAUAGUCAAAUAGUAAAUAGUUUGGAACAAGCUCUCAAUCAGCUAAGAAAUGAAAAGGCUGAAUUAUCAGAAAAUUUAGAAAUACUUAAAGUCAAACUACCCAAAAUAUUGCAUCUCUCCUCAGAUUUUCAAUAA